UCUAAUGCAGGGUGGACUGAUAGAACGUCCGGCUAGCCUCCGAUGCCAGUCGAACUCUGCUCCACCAGAAGUCCGAUCGCGAACCCAAGAAAAAAAAAGUUAAAAGACCCCAUAAAAACCCAAUGGUGUUGCCACCGAGCGAGAUAAAAAACCGACCUAGGUACGCGAAGGUCAAGUUAGUCUAAAGGAACUAGUUCUCUGUUAAAUACCUAGGUGAGAAGAGGUGAGCAGAAAACAACCUACCUAUAAGGUAUACCAAAACCAUGGAGCACGACCCAGCGCGCUCCCUCGCAGACGUGGGCUUCUACCCCGAAUCUGCCCCAGAAACCCCAUACCUAGGCCUAGACACCAGCGCCUUCCCCUCAGGCGUCGCCUCCCCAGACCCGCUCCUAACCCCGUCCAACAACAACAAUGACUAUUUCCCACUGGACCGCACGGCGCUGGCCCAAGCCCUCGGUCAGAACCGGGACAGCAGCAGCCAGCUCUCGAUCCGGAUGCAGACGCGGGACAUCACGGACCGCACUCACCACGACGAUGACGAUGACGAGGUGCUCCCGGACUUAAUGCUAGAACUCAGCGCUAUUCGAAGCCGGACCCGCAGCGCCGUCGCCGCAGGCCGGAUCCCCGACAUAGAAUCCGGGAGUAGCACCCCGGUGCGCACAAAGGGUCGUUCACAAGGCGUACCGCCCGAACUGCCCAAUUUCGCCGCGGAGGUAAUCUUCGUGCUGGUAUGCACGGCAGGCCAAUUCAUCUUCGCGCUGACGUACGGACACGCCAACGUAGCGCAGUUGCAGCUACGCACCGCUUUGGGACUGCCCGCAACGCAGAUCCCGUGGGUUUUAGGGUCAGGGCUGUUAGCCAGUGGACUGUCAGUGAUAGUCGCGGGGUCGUUGGCGGAUUUAGCAGCGCCGAAGCCGUUGAUGGUGGGCGCGUUUAUUUGGAGCGCUGUGUGGCAUGCGGUUGCCGCUGCGGCGCUUUCGCCUAGGCUUAAGGUGCUGUUUUUUGUUGCGCGCGCUAUGCAGGGGCUUUCCCAGGGCGUGCUGGUUUCGGCUUCGAUGAGUAUUUUGGGGCGGGUUUAUAAGCCGGGUGUGCGCAAGACGAGGGUGUUUUCGUUGAUGGCGGCUGGUGCCCCUUUCGGGUUCUCUAUAGGCUGCCUUCACGGGGGCGCACUGAGUAGUCGUCUACCAUGGCUUUUUGGUAGCACGGCCAUCUUUCUCGGCGUUGUCGCUAUAGCCGCGCACAUGACGCUACCAGAUCUAAGUCCCGCAAAAGACAGUCAUGAUGUAGAUGCGCCCUCACUGCGACAGUUCGACUAUGUCGGUGCUUUACUCUCGUCUACAGGUUGCGGUCUUGUGCUUUUCGGGUUGACACAGGGUUCGUCUGCUAAUUGGAACCCUUACACGUACUCGCUUAUCAUUGCGGGUGUCCUGAUGUUUGUCGCAUUCGCUUUCGUCGAGCGCAGCUUGGAAAGACCACUGAUCCCAAACGGUCUCUGGAAGACGCCGGGAUUUGCAGCGCUGCUCGUGGCGUAUUUCCUCGGAUUUGGGGGUUUCACUGGAGCGUGGCAAUUUUACGCCGUCCAAUUUUGGCAAAGGUAUCAGGGCGCGACACCAAUAACCGUAGCCCUCUACAUCUUACCCAAUGGAAUCGUCGGCGUAUUGGCGGCGUAUAUCGUGUCUAAAACACUACACAUAUUUCCGGGACACUGGAUUUUCAUAGCUAGCAUGAUCGCUUUUGCUAUAGGACCAGCUUUCUUCCUCCCUCAAACACCAGACACAUCCUACUGGGCUUUAUCGUUCCCAGGAGUGGCGCUUGCGACGUUCGGCCCGGACAUGAGCUUUGCCGCAGCGGCCAUCUUCAUCACAUCUAGCGUACCGCGGUCCUACCAAGGGUCCGCCGGCGCCCUGUUGGUUACGGUGCAGAAUCUGACAUCAGCCAUCAUGACGUCGAUCUCUGACUCGAUCGGCGUCAAGGUUGAUCAGUUGCCUUCGGGUGAGAUCGGACUCGCGGGGCUGAAAGCCAUCUGGUGGUUUGGUCUUGCCUCCGCGCUGACGGGAGCCGUGAUCACGGCUACCUUCGUAAGAAUUCCGAAGGCAGAAGAGAAGGAGCAUGUGCAGUAAUGAACCUUGCUUAAAAGGAUUGAUUUGGGUAGUGUAACAUCGGCGAUUCAGGGUGGUUAUUAUAGAAGGGGAUAUAGUUACGGACGAGGUACUCGGUGGUAAUGAGGGUAUACGCAAAAUCCAUGGAUGUGGGGUAUGAUGAGUUAAAAGAG